AUGGACCCCGGUUUCCGCGCAGUCUGCAUCUUCUCCGCCUACAUGCUUCUCGCAGCGGGGCUGAGCACCCGUCUCAUCUAUCUUCUCUCGACCCAAGCCCGUAGAAGGGCUCGACGGUUGGCCGCCGAUGGCAAGUCGAAAGGGCUUCAUGCGGGGCGCAGAGGGCCACUCUUCGGCAUCCUCACGAUGAUCAGCCUGGCGACGACCUGGUAUUAUAUGUUUGCGUUCUUUGCAACUUCUUACCGAGCCUGGGCCGCGCAUCGUGGGAUCAUGGCAUCCGAUCAUCCGUAUGGAGCCCAACUGGCGCUGUGGCUGAAGGAGAGCUCUUUGUUUAAGGAGGCGUGGGGAACAGCGCUGGACACGCCCGGGCGGCUGUGGUGGACGCAACAGAUCUUCUCCUUCACUACGGCCUGGAGUAUCUUCCUGGGAUUUGAAGGUGAGAGCAAUCAAUUUUCGGUUUCAUUUUGA